AUGGCGUUGUGUUCAGGUACACAGAUCCACCUGUUGGGUCAGUUCUAUUGUUGGACUCCGUGUGUCAUAAAAAUCAUUUUAAAAAGCCCAAAUGUGUUAAUCAGACUCACUAUUUUUAUAAUAAUUGAAUUUCAGCUUCUCCUGUCUUUGCUUGUUUCAGUGGUUUUGAUCGGGGAGUCUGGCGUAGGAAAGAGCAACCUUCUGUCUCGCUUCACUAAGAAUGACUUCAAUCACGACAGUCGCACCACCAUCGGCGUCGAGUUCAGCACGAGGACUGUUCAGCUGGAGAACUACACCAUCAAAGCCCAAAUCUGGGACACAGCAGGGCUGGAGCGCUACAGGGCUAUCACCUCAGCGUAUUACAGGGGAGCAGUCGGAGCACUGUUGGUCUACGACAUUAGCAAGCACCUGACCUACGAGAGCGCAGAUCGAUGGUUGAAAGAGCUGUUCGACCAUGCCGACCCUCACAUCGUGGUCAUGCUGGUGGGAAACAAGAGAGACCUGGAUAACCUCCGUACCGUGCCCACAGAGGAGGCCAAGGACUUUGCAGAGAAGAGAAGUCUGAUGUUCAUAGAGACGUCAGCGUUGGACUCCACCAAUGUCGAACAUGCUUUCCAUGAAGUCCUCACAGCGAUCCAUAAGAAGGUGGCCAGCAGAGAGGUGACCCGCGGCUCCAUCAGUGCCGUGACCCUGUCCAACCCCAUCGGACCCAUCGGCGAGGCACAGGAGAAGAGUAGAAGCUGCUGCAAGAACUCCUAAUAGACUGCUGCCCUGUUUACAUCUGCCCACGUUGAACAAACAUAACGCUUGUGUGUCCUUGAAGUCGUGUGUCACACCCCAUUUAAAGAGCGAGGUACCUGCUUGACACUUGAGCAGUCAGUGUGCAAACCUCUUUAAACAUAACAGUUGUACAGAAAGUAACUCAAAAACAAUAGAUUACGAUGAGCAAAUAUGGAGAAAAUCUGUAUUUUAUACGCUAUAUUUCUUGUGGUGGCUAAGGGGCAGGUUUUACUACAAAUAACUGUGCAAUCUUUUCUUAUCCUCAUGUUUUUUAAAGAUACGUUGUAAAGUUGUUUUGCUUUUAUAAAGAAAUGCACUGGGAUUCCCUUGGAAUAUAUUAUUAUUUAAGUUAUUAUGUCUGCAUGUAAUUACCACAGUAAGACAUGAAUUUAUUAUCUGCAUUCGACACAUUAUCUAACCUGGAUGAGGGACUCGAAGAGAGGGCUGUUGUCAGAUAAAGACAGCGGUGGAAGAAGAACUCAAAACAUUUACUUUAAAAAAACAAAAGUAGUCAAACAACUCUGUUACCAGUAAAAGCCCUGCAAAAUGUUAUCAGCAAAAUAUAGUUAAAGUAUCAUUAAUCAUUAUGCAGGUUGUCCGUAUUACACUAUUGUAUACUGUAUAUAGCAGUAUAUUAAUGGGAUGCAUUAACGUGUAAACAGUGUUUAAUGUGGGAGCUGGUUAAG